GAUAAAUUUUCUUGAGUUUUGUUUCUGAUGUCUAUUCAUCCUGGAACUAUAAUAGACAUCCUGGAACUAUGUAGGUUUUGGAUGCAAACCCUGCACAUGUGAUGGCUCUAUAUCGCCGUGGAAUGGCUUACACGGUAGCUGGAGAUUUUGAGGAAGCAAAGGCUAAUUUCAAAAUGAUGAUGAAAAGCGACAAGUCAUCUGAAGCGGAGGCAACCGCUGCUCUUUUAAAACUCCAGCAGAAGGAGCAGGAAGUUGAAAGGAAGGCUCGAAAACAAUUUAAAGGUCUAUUUGACAAGAAGCCUAGGGAAAUUGCUGAGGUUGGAGAUAGAGAAGAAGAUCAUGAUACAGGUGAAAAGCAGAAAAACAUUGACAAGGGGGAUUCGGAAGUGGAAAAUUCAGAUGAAUCGCAUGAAGAUGCAGCCGAUGCACGUCAAAUGGGUUGGUUCUCUCACUUCUGGCCGACUAGUAGAAGACUAUUUUCAGGUCUUGGAUUGCAGAGAUGCACCAUUUUAUGAUUUGGAUGUCAAAAUAACAUCCUGGCCCAGUCUUGGUAAAUUAUGUCAUUCCCAGUCAUUGAGUGCGGUGGCAAUUUAUGUUUGGGUUGGCAGCCGGAGAAACAAUCAGUUGUAACAAGCAUACAUGUACCAAGAAAUACAAAAUAGCAAAUGAAUGACUAUCUCUAAGGCACCUUUGAGAAUUGAGAGUAUAUUUCUAGACAACUACAGUCCUCUUAAUAGCAUGCGUGCAUGAGGUAAUUAAUUAUCAGGCCAGAGUCAUGUAGGCCUUUGGAUUUCGCUAUAUAUGCGACCUGUUUACUCUUAUAUAUGCACAUGCAAGUACG